UAGUGUGCUCUCUGCCCUAUGCGGCGCACGCUUACGGCUGAAGCCGCGCAUGUCGCCGGAGCCGGAGGCCGCUAGGGGCGCUGGAGCUAGUUCCACCUGAAGACCCGUGCCAGCGCGUGCGCUCCCGUCACUGCCAUUCGCUUGCUGCAGCCUGUACACGAGAAUGUGAAUCGACUUGAUUUUGAUUGUUUUUGUGAAGUGCAACGUUCGUAGACUUGUGGAGGUGGUGGUAGUGACUUGUAGAAACAGACUGGUUUAGCGUAGACUUGUCUCUGCAACGUCCUCGGACAGCCUUUGUGUUCGUUCUGUGGUGCGCUAAGCAACUAUGCCUAGUCGCCGGCGCAAUUACUGUUUUGCACCAGGGUGCCGGACAGGCUAUAGUCGAGUGAAAGACUCGCCGAAGGCGUCUCUUUUCAGCGUCCCACAAGACGAAGAAAGGAGACAUCAGUGGGAAAGAAACUUACACCGUGAAGACAAGAAGCUUGACCAGACAUGUGCCGUGUGCGAAUUGCACUUUGAACCGCGUUAUAUAAUCAGGGACUUCGUUCACGUCGUUAACGGCAAAGAGGUACGCAUUCCGCGUACGAAGCCAACAUUGGCAGAAGACGCUGUUCCGACGAUUCUUCCGAAUCUCCCUGCGUACCUCACCAAAAAAACUCCGAAACCUAGGAGCAAGCGAAAGCGGCAAGAAUCUGAACCGUCGAGCAGCAGCAAGAAAGCUUGGAGCACGCCUUACGAGCCGUUGUCCGUAAAUAACUCGCAUGACCAGUCGUCGCCCGAGAAUGUUGACCUACUCAGCGCUAACGAAGUGACACUAGCAGCAGCUAGCUCAUCUGCGGUACAAAACAGUUUAAAGUUUUUAUUAGAACUGAAAACUCCGUCAAAAUACUGGACAAAACACAGCUUCCCAAACCUAGAUGGAGUACUCUAUUGCACUUCAGUAUUGUAUGAGGAAGCGACCGUCGUAUCCGAAAAAGUAGUUAUGUUUGUCUGUGACAGGCUACCUGACGUCUACGCAAAAAUGUAUGUCAGAGGGCGACUAAUCGAAGAAAGUUGCUUGAGCUCUUUGGAAGAAGCAGGAAACUUGCUAGAAAAAGCAGAAGCCACCGAACUUUGUGUUGGAGCCCUGGAUGCUGAUGAUUACUGUCCGGCCUUCUUGACGGCAGGUAUUAAGAGUCAGCUGACACUAAAGCAGGGAACAUACUUCAACAGCAAAUGUCUCGGCACAGUUCCAAACAAAGGAGGGCAGUGCAUCCCGUGCAAGUACUUGCGCAAAGUGCUUUUGAAUAGACAAUCAAGAGUGAAACGAGCACCUUCCAAGCCAAUGCGAACCAUGGUUCAGCGGCUGAAAUGUGCAGCACAGAGAAACAGGCGCCUUGGCGCACGAAUUGCUACAAUGAAAAGAGACAUUGACAAGAUGCAAGUGCUAAAUGCUUCCCUAGAUGAAGAAACUGUUAAUGAGCGGAUUUCUGAACUCCCUCAGAAGCAACAAGAGUGUGUUAGACAAUGUUUUGCAGCAGCAAAAGUAAAGAACAAAGGCAUUCGUUACAGCAAAGCGUGGAUUUUGGAAUGCAUAAUCAUGAAGAUGAAGAGCUCCCGCCUGUACAACCACAUUCGGGAUAACAAAAUACUUGUACUUCCAAGCAAGUCCACUCUGAAGCGUUACAUGGCUGUUUACCGGUCUGCCUUUGGGUUUAGCAAAAAGGUUUUACAACAGCUUAAAGAAAAGACUCGAGAUAUGGACACCUUCAGGAAGCAUGGUGGCCUGCUUGUUGACGAGCUAAAGCUUUCGGAACACAUGUGUGUUAAAACAUCAGGUCACAUUGAAGGUUUUGUGGAUUUAGGAGACUAUACUUCAUCCACAGACCAGGGCGUGAAGUCAGACCACGGGAUGGUUAUCCUGUUUGUGCCAUUUGUUGGCAAGUGGAGUCAAGUAAUUGGCACAUUUGCCACCAGUGGAAAUAUGAAGGGGGACUUGCUAGCCCAGGUAAUUGUAGAAGCCACAAUCUUAACUGAGAACAGCGGGCUUUUUGUGGAUUUUGUAACUUGUGACGGCGCCACUUGGAAUCGACGCAUGUGGAGAAUACUAGGUGUCCGAGGAGGAGCAAGCAAUGUGAAAUGCGGAGUGAAGCAUCCCAUUGACGAUAGUCGCAACCUAUACUUCAUAUCCGAUUUUCCUCACCUGAUUAAAUGCUUGAGGAACAGCCUGCUGAAGUGCCCCUUCAAUACACCAGAUGGACAUGUUUCUAUGCAGCCGAUCAGACAGGCUUUCAAUAUUGACUCCAGUAGCGUGACACUUAAGGCCAUGCCAGGCAUC